AUGCAUAUCGACUACAAGUCCCGAUUAGGCCUAGUGUUAGGAUACCGUAAUCCGCCGGUUAUUCGCGGAGAGCCGUUGGUAUCGGCAUGUCAGAAUGUUUGUAACGACAAUCGUCCGAACUCCCAGAUGUCGCAAAUACGUCAGUGGAAACAUACACAGGACGUUACUUUUCUUUCACUUUUCGCCGUUGCACUGUCAUAUUAUUCUUUCAAACGUCCUUAA